AUGGCAAGCUCAUCUCGAUCCGUUGUGACCUCGGCCAAGCGACGGAACCGCAGACGUCGUCAAGACAAGCCAUCCAUCGCCGCCAAGCUCAUCCUCGAUGACCAUAUCAAGAGCGAUGUCGGCAUUGUGUCCGAGGACAUUUUCCACGAUCUCUUCCCCAAUACUAGUGAUGGCGCCGCCCAGAAUAACAUCCAUCAUAUCGCGAUCGCUCCAUGGGCGCCAAACGCGAGCCCGGCCGAUAGUCCGUGGUCAAUUGUCCCGAUAAUACAGUCUUCUACUCUCUCCCCAUCGACCGUCCGAUUCUCGCCCUCGUCCGCUUCUCUCCAGAGCUUCGCCGUAACCCUGCAACAGGUUGCUCCGUCCAAGCUGUCGAGCCAUAGUCGAGGUGGAAUCGAGAUUCUCGUCCUCGAUGUUGCUCCCGUACCGCUUGAAACUGUCUUUGUGAGCUUGGAGAGCGAACUAACAAAGAGGCUUGAGAAUGGAGAGGGCACAUUUUAUCGAGACCAUCCUACCAACGGCAGGGGCAAGAGCGCUGGCAACUCUUCGCCAGAGGAGCGUCUUGUGACUUCUCUCAGAGCUGCUCUGAGUAGUCUAAAAGUCGUCCACUCUGGUGAUUUGUUUCCACUUCCCCUCCCCCCGCAUCCUCUCACCCAUGUGCCACCGAACCCGGGCAAGAUCAUGCUGUGCGAGCCAGUCGCCCAGGGUAUCCUGACCGAGUCAACCAAGAUCAUUCUUAUGCGCGGCCGUGUUCACACCAAGCAGAUCCGUCGCGUCGCAUCAGCGAGCCAGCAACUCAAUGGCGCUCGCGAGGACGAAUACGAUACCAGCACCGACCAAUUCUACUCUGCUGCUGAGGACCGGGAUAAGUCAGGCACCACGACCGAAGGGAUGGAGUCUGCCACUGAAACCGAAACUGAUCUGUCGGGCUCUGAAGAGGACGAAUUAUCGGACGACUCGAUGGAUGAUAUGAUCUCUCUGCAAGCUCCGACUCUGCCCACGACCAAUGCAAGUGGAGUUUCGACGCUACAACCGGGAACACCAAUGACUGUGGGCACUCUGCGUGGCAGAAAGGUGAGCGGCAUUAGCGGCAUUGCUACGCCUGGCUCUGUCUUUUCAAACUUUACCGCAACCACUGCUCGACCGGAUAGACCACGAGGCAGACUAUUCAAGGCUCAGGGCCUAAUGAAGCAGAUUCCUUCAGAUCUGCUUCACCCAAAGCCAUCCCUGGAAGAUGACGAGGAAGCCAGAAUCUAUGUCGAUGUAUCGUCCUUAACUAGGAUAGGAUGCUUUUCUGGCGACUGGGUUAGAAUUGAGGCUGCUGAGGAGCCCCCUGCCAAUGGAUUCGGCGCCUUUGGCCUGGGAAGUUUUGGACAGGCAGACUCGGAACCUGCCAAGUGGCGACCUGUUCGAGUAUAUGGUCUGCCAGAGGGUUAUUCUCAGCGACCUAUGACGAGGAUUCCAAGUGCAAAGCACGGAGAAAGAAGACUGUCUUUCUUUGAGUCGCAAAUCCAGCGACCCACUAGCCCUACGGCCUAUGCCUCUCCAAUUCUCCUCGCCAAUCUUGACGAUGCUUCCUAUCUUCGACUUUCCCCCCUGAAGAAGGCAUCUUACCAAGGCAAGGGUACCAUCCCCAGAUUCACCAGCGCAGCGCGGCCUCCUUAUGCUCGGGACAUUACCAUCCACCAUAUCCGAACCCCUAUCUCCGCAGAGAGGGCAUUCCAGACCGCCGUGCUGGGUGGCCUGAAGCGAUAUUUUGCGCAGAAGAUCCGUCUAGUCCGGAGUGGAGAUCUCAUCGCUGUGCCGGUCGAUGCUGAACUUGGCCGCACGCUCCAGGAGAUGCCCGGCGCUGGAGGCUCCGAGGUGGAUGAUGUGAUGGCACUCACCGCAGGCGGCCAGGAGACCGGAAAGCAGCCUUCGAGGUUCGACAGUGUCGCCUGGUUCAAGGUUGGACAUAUCCAGAUUCAAAAGGCCGAUGAGGACGAAGACGGUACUGCUGAUGCCUUCUGGGGAUCUGUUGCUUGCAUCGAUAGCUCGUCCGUAGCCAUGCACGGCUCAGGGUUUGAGACAAGCCGGAUACCUGGUAUCAAGCAGAGCACAUGGCAAUAUUAUCUAGGUCUCAAGAAGACACCCAGGAGAGCAUCUGAAUCUACGCCUCCUGCGAUUCAGGAGCCCGAGCUGCCAUACGUUUCUCCCCUCAGGCGUCAGCUGAGGGAGCUGAUUGCUGCUGCCACGAGUGCAAGGGCAAUUCAUCUCAAGAUGCCACCCGUCGCAAUCCUGCUGACUUCUACGCAUCGCAAUAUCGGCAAGUCAACUCUCGCUUCCAGUGCUUGCUCUGAUAUGGGCCUGCAUACGUAUACGAUUGACGCCUAUGAUAUCCUGAGCGAGGGAAGUGGCAGUGGAAGCGAUGUUAAGACAGAAGGCUUCCUUAGAACAAGAGCAGAACGUGCUAUGAGCUGUGGCUCUGAUUGCUGCGGUUUGCUUCUCCAGCAUAUCGAGGCCUUGACCGCUGACCGGAUUGAGGCCACCAUUAAGGAGAUUCUGGAGGACACCCGAGUGCUCAUUGCCACCACGAACGAGGUUGACAAGGUGCCCGAUGGCGUCCGAGGACUGUUCACGCAUGAGCUUGAGAUGACAGCACCCGAUGAGGCGGAGCGUGAAUCCAUCCUCAAGUCUAUCAUCAGUGAUAAAGGCGUGAGCCUCGAGCCUUCUAUUGAUCUCAACUCGAUCGCCCUGAAGACUGCAGCCCUCGUGGCAGGUGAUCUGGUAGACGUUGUUGAACGAGCCUCAAUCGCCCAGCAGUCUCGCCUCGAGAAGCUCUCAAUCAAGAACACUAACGCUGAAACAACCGUUACUGUGCGAGACGUCCAGGUUGCUGGUGGCCCUCUUGCACGCUGCUUGACCAAGUCGGACUUUGAUAUCGCCGUGGAGGCGGCUCGCAAGAACUUCUCUGAUUCAAUCGGCGCACCCAAGAUUCCCAACGUCACUUGGGACGAUGUUGGUGGCCUGAACAAUGUCAAGGAGGCUGUCACCGAGACCAUUCAACUGCCGCUGGAGCGCCCCGAGCUCUUCGCGAAGGGCAUGAAGAAGCGAUCGGGUAUUCUGUUCUAUGGUCCUCCUGGAACCGGAAAGACGCUGCUUGCCAAGGCGAUCGCCACCGAGUACAGUCUCAACUUCUUCAGUGUUAAGGGACCCGAGCUGCUCAACAUGUACAUCGGAGAGUCUGAAGCCAACGUGCGACGCGUGUUCCAGCGUGCCCGAGAUGCUCGACCUUGCGUCGUCUUCUUUGACGAGUUGGAUUCAGUAGCUCCGAAGCGAGGUAACCAGGGUGACAGCGGCGGUGUUAUGGACCGAAUCGUGUCUCAGCUCUUGGCAGAGCUGGAUGGCAUGUCUGGUGGCGAUGAUUCGGGUGGUGGUGUCUUUGUUAUCGGCGCGACCAACAGACCCGACCUCUUGGACCCUGCCCUGUUGCGACCUGGUCGAUUCGACAAGAUGCUCUACCUGGGCGUCUCUGACACGAACGACAAGCAACAGACCAUCUUGGAGGCACUGACAAGGAAGUUCACUCUUCACCCGUCAGUUUCUCUCGCUUCUGUGGCAGAGCGCCUUCCAUUCACCUACACUGGUGCCGACUUUUACGCUCUUUGCAGUGACGCCAUGCUCAAGGCCGUUACGCGCCAAGCUUCAGCUGUGGACGCCAAUAUCAAAGCUAUCAACGCUGACCCAGCGACUCAGCAUCCAAUUUCGACCGCUUACUACUUCGAUCAUUAUGCCACGCCGGAGGACAUUGCUGUCAUGGUUACAGAGGAGGACUUCUUGGCUGCCAACGAUGAACUUGUUCCUAGUGUUAGCGCUGGCGAGCUGUCCCACUAUGAGCGCGUUCGGGCCAUGUUUGAGGGUGGUCGGGAGAAAGAGAAGGAUGACAAGCCCGCCCCGGUGCCCCAGCGCGUUGUGUCAGGUGCAUCAACGUCGUCAAAGGGCAAAGGGAAAGCUGUCGCAGGCAAGGGUAAGGGCAAGGCCAUUGCCCUGACGAGUGAUGAUGAAUUUGACGAGGAGGAUGAGGUUGAUGAUCUUAAUGGAAGAUCUAAGGGCAAGGGAAAGGCUGUCAUGGGCUUUCAGGACGGCACGGCGAGCGACGACGAUGGGUUGUAUUAG